CGGACAACGUAUGACGAAGAGUAUUACGAUUUACAACUUUACUUUCUAUCGCAAUCAUGACGACCGGUAUGCGCGCAAAUCUCUAUAUUAUAGGUACAAGAAUGCUAACGGAUUUAAAGCACAUAGACCAACCUUCGAUCCAGCUCGUGGAAAAGAAGCCCAGCGCGGUCCAGCAUACCACCAACGUCUCCUACCCGCACACACCCAACUCAAAGUCCGUAAGCCAGGACAAGGAGGAGAUGCAGAUCAUCAAGUUCGCGAUUUGCGAGCCGAGUUAUUGAAAGCUGAGGCUGCGCAUUUCGCAAAGGUUAAAGGGGGGCCUGCGCCAGCUCUGCCAGAAACCGAUGGAGAGGAUGCGGUGAUGGGUGGGACGAAGAGGCAGCUUGAGGAUGGGGAUGCGGAGGAUAUUGAUGCGAAGAGGAGAAGAGUGUUAGAGGAAACGAGGGAUAUAGAUGCGGAUAGUGAGGAGGAUGAGGAGGAUAGUAGUGAUGAUGACAGUGACGAUAAUGAAGACGAAACUGCGGAGCUACAAAGGGAAUUGGAGAAAAUCAAACGGGAAAGGGCGGAGAAGAGGGAGCAAGAGGUAAGUCUAAAGCCUCACGCUUGCGUUUAUAGCUUUACCUGGACUCCAGGAACUAACAGACAUGCAGGAACGAGAGAAAGCUGCGGCGGAAGAAGCUGAACGAGAACAUGAUAUCGCUCUCGGCAAUCCUCUCCUAAACCCGAAAUCCGAUUUCAAUGUCAAGCGGAGAUGGGACGAUGAUGUGAUUUUCAAGAACCAGGCCCGUGGGACGGAGGACAAGGGAAAGAAGAAGGAAUUCGUUAAUGAUCUUCUUCGAUCGGACUUUCACAAGAGAUUCAUGAGGUCGGUUUCAGAAAACUUUCAUGGCAUAUAAAUUGGGGCUAACUUGUGUUACAGUAAAUACGUGAGAUGACGAGGCAUCGGCGAGCUCUGUACCUUUGUACUUUUAGUGGCGUUGCGUUGGGGUCGAUAAAUCCUUGGGGGUUUCCUGCAUGAAGCUG